GUUGCAGUCUUUAUAAAUCCAACUCCUCUCUCAAUCUUUGUGCUCUCCGCCUCUUCUUUCCUCCAUUCUAUCGAAACCGCUUCCAAUGGCUUCUUUUACAUUAUUCAGCUCCACUCCUCUUUCAACUUCUUUCAAGCACACCCAGGUACGUCUUCAUGGGAUCUCUAAUGUCAAGUCUGUUUACUUCCCAUCACUUACGAUGCGCCGCCGAUCAUCGCGGCUCUGCGUUUCCUGUGCAGCCAAACCGGAGACGGUAGACAAAGUUUGCGAAAUAGUGAGGAAGCAACUGGCACUUUCUGAUGAUUCUUCCGUCACCGGAGACUCAAAGUUCUCGGCACUCGGAGCUGAUUCUCUUGACACGGUCGAGAUAGUGAUGGGACUGGAGGAGGAGUUCGGUAUCAGCGUGGAAGAAGAAAGCGCACAAAAUAUCAGCACGGUUCAGGAUGCGGCCGAUCUGAUUGAGAAGCUCAAGGAGAAGGAAGCUGCUGCUUAGAAUGUUGUCAUGUUGUUGAAGUUGGGAAGAAUUAAAACUAGAGAAAUCUAAUAUUAUGAGAUGAAAAUCCUUGUCUUAUUAAAUUUCAUAUGAUCUUGUCUUUAGGCAUUUGUGUGUUAUUAUGUAAGCUAUCAUAAACAUGAAGAGUGGCUUCUUUUCUGGUACAACAAAACCUGUGGCGUCCUUAUAAAAACAGACAUGAUAUCAUCUUCAGA